AUGGGGCCAUUUCCCAUGUCUUUCGGGAACAAAUAUAUCUUGGUGACUGUCGAUUAUGUAUCCAAAUGGGUUGAGGCAAUUGCUAGUCCAACCAACGAUUCCAGAGUAGUCAUCAAGAUGUUCAAGACCAUCAUCUUUCCUAGAUUUGGAGUUCCAAGAGUUGUGAUCAGUGAUGGAGGAUCUCACUUUAUCAACAAAAUCUUCGAGAGCUUAAUGAAAAAGAAUGGGGUUAAGCAUAAGGUAGCAACACCUUACCACCCUCAGACUAGUGGACAAGUUGAGGAAAGACUGGUAGUGAAGUUGGAUGAUGCACUCUCGGCAUACAGAACAGCUUUCAAAACACCACUUUGGACAACGCCUUUCAACUUAGUCUACGGAAAGUCUUGCCACCUUCCGGUCGAGCUUGAAUACAAAGCCUUGUGGGCUGUUAAGCUCCUGAACUUCAACAUCAAAACCGCCAAGGAGAAGACACUGAUCCAGUUGCAUGAGCUAGAUGAAAUCAGGCUUGAUGCCUUUGAAAGCUCUAGGAUUUACAAAGAGACGACUAAGGCUUUCCAUGAUAAGAAGAUCUUAAGGCGUGAAUUCAAGGCUGGUGAUCAAGUGCUGUUGUUUAACUCUCGGUUGAAGAUUUUUCCCGGAAAACUCAAGUCAAGGUGGUCAGGACCUUUUGUGAUCAAGGAAGUAAGACCGUAUGGAGCUGUGGUGUUGACAGGAAAGCAUGGAGAAUAUUUUACAGUGAAUGGUCAACGUUUAAAGCUCUACAUGGUUGAUCAGGAGAUUGGUGAGGAAGCCUCGGUUCCUCUCUCUGAACCAAUCUCAGCCUAA